AUGUCCAAAACAACAGCCAAUUCUCCCCCGAGGCCCCUCACGCUUGCCAUCACACGCACACGCUCCAAGUCACUCGACAUGUACGGUUCUGGUCAGCAGACGGGCAUCUCAACGCCCCGCUCCGCUGCCAACCUACGCCCCCUCAUCCUCUCCCACGGCUCCCUCGAGUACACCCUACUCAUCCCCACGGCCCUCCACUUCAAUGCCCAACAACUGCGAGACACAUUCAAGUCGACUCUGCCGGAGCCCACAGACGAACUGGCCCAAGAUGACGAGCCAUCGUCAGUAGCAGAAUUGGUCGCACGAUACCUCGGCUUCGUUGCCAAGGAGGUAGACGAGGGCGAGGACCCAGACUCGUUUGAAGAGGUCCUCAAGCUCGUCCUCACCGAGUUUGAGCGCGCUUUCCUCCGCGGCAACGAGGUGCACGCACUGGCUGCCUCGCUUCCUGGCAUCACAGAGAAGAAGCUCGUCACGGUCCGGUCCUACUAUGCUGCCCGUGCUGCCGUCGACAGGCCCAUCAAGCAUCACGAGUCUGCCCUCUUCCGCGAAGCCGCAGACGAGAAUGCCUUCAUCUAUGCCGUCCUGGGCGGGCAGGGGAACAUUGAAGAGUACUUUGACGAACUUCGCGAGAUUUACACCACAUACCCGUCCUUUGUCGAAGAUUUCAUCUCAGCCGAAGCCGCUCAUCUCUUGACUCUCGCACGAGACCCGCGAGCUGAGAAGCUCUACUCCAAGGGUCUCGAUGUCAUGCGCUGGUUGAACAACCGGGAGGCGCAGCCAGAUACCGAUUACCUAGUUUCGGCACCAGUCAGUUUGCCCUUGAUUGGGUUGACGCAGUUGGCCCACUAUGUCGUUACCUGCAGAGUCUUUGGAAGCCAUCCUGGCCAUGUCCGCGCCCGCUUCUCAGGUGUCACGGGCCAUUCACAAGGUGUCGUCACCGCUGCUGCCAUCGCCGAAGCGAAGAACUGGGAGACUUUCGAGAAGUCGGCCAAGAAAGCCAUGGAGAUCCUCUUCUGGAUCGGUAGCCGCAGCCAGCAAGCGUUCCCAAGGACAUCGCUUGCUCCCACCGUGCUGCAAGACUCGAUUGACAAUGGCGAGGGCAUACCCACUCCCAUGUUGUCCAUUCGAGACCUUUCCCGGAAAGCAGUCGAGGACCACAUUGAUGCGACCAAUUCUCAUUUACCCAAAGACCGACACAUUGCCAUAUCGCUGGUCAACAGCGCGCGCAAUUUUGUUGUCACAGGGCCCCCCAUUUCGUUGUAUGGCCUGAAUCUCCGGCUACGAAAGGUCAAGGCCCCGACCGGUCUCGACCAGACAAAGAUCCCCUUCACCGAGCGCAAGGUGCGCUUCGUCAACCGCUUCCUACCCAUCACCGCUCCCUUUCACAGUCCGUACCUUGCAGACGCUACAAGGCAACUAGAGGAUGAUCUCAAGAAUAUCAAGAUUGCCUCGAGUGAUCUUGGUAUACCUCUGUACGACACGCACACGGGCCAAGAUCUUCGCGAACAAGCAUCCGACAACAUUGUUCCGAGGAUUGUCGCCAUGAUCACAUCCGACUCGGUGGAAUGGGAAAAGGCUACGGUAUUUCCCAAGGCCACCCACAUCCUCGAUUUCGGUCCUGGUGGUAUCUCGGGCUUAGGUGUUCUGACGAAUCGCAAUAAGGAUGGAACUGGUGUUCGCGUUAUUCUCGCCGGAGCCAUUGAGGGUCAGAAUGCAGAAGUUGGGUACAAGCCGGAGAUUUUUGAUCGUGAUUCCGAACAUGCUGUCAAGUACGCCGUCGACUGGGUCAAAGAGCACGGUCCUCGUCUCGUCAAGACCUCGACCGGGCAGACGUAUGUGGAUACCAAGAUGAGCCGUAUGCUGGGUCUUCCUCCGAUCAUGGUUGCUGGUAUGACGCCUUGCACGGUGCCUUGGGAUUUCGUGGCCGCUACCAUGAACGCUGGCUACGAGAUUGAGCUUGCUGGUGGCGGUUACUACAACGAAAAAACAAUGACGGAAGCCAUUACAAAGGUCGAAAAGGCCAUUCCUGCUGGGCGUGGCAUCUCCAUCAACCUGAUCUACGUCAAUCCCCGCGCCAUGGGCUGGCAAAUUCCGCUACUGGCCAAGCUAAGGUCGGAAGGUGUGCCCAUCGAAGGACUGACCAUCGGUGCUGGUGUACCCUCGAUCGAGGUAGCCAAUGAGUACAUUGAGACGCUCGGUAUCAAGCACAUUGCUUUCAAGCCAGGGUCCGUCGAAGCCAUUCAACAGACUAUCAACAUCGCAAAGGCAAAUCCAACUUUCCCAGUGGUGCUACAAUGGACGGGAGGUCGUGGCGGCGGUCAUCAUUCCUUUGAAGACUUCCAUCAGCCUAUCCUGCAAAUGUACAGCCGCAUUCGCAAGUGCGACAAUCUCAUCCUCGUGGCAGGAUCUGGAUUCGGUGGCGCAGAAGACACCUACCCUUACCUGACUGGUAAAUGGUCUACUGGUUUUGGCUAUCCACCCAUGCCCUAUGAUGGCUGCUUGUUCGGCAGUCGCGUCAUGACGGCCAAAGAGGCAAAAACGUCCAAGAUGGCUAAACAAGCCAUCGUCGAUGCCCCAGGUCUCGACGACAGUGAAUGGGAGAAGACCUACAAAGGCCCUGCUGGCGGUGUCAUCACCGUCCGCUCCGAAAUGGGUGAGCCUAUUCACAAGCUCGCCACGCGCGGUGUCAUCUUUUGGCACGAGAUGGACCAGAAGAUUUUCAGUCUUGACAAGGCCAAGCGUGUACCCGAGCUGAAGAAGAUGCGCGAAUACAUCAUCGAGAAGUUGAACAAGGAUUUCCAAAAGGUUUGGUUUGGCAGGAACAAGAAGGGCGAAUCUGUUGAUCUCGAAGACAUGACCUAUAUCGAGGUCUUCCAGCGCAUGGUAGAUCUCAUGUACGUCAAGCAUCAGUCCCGCUGGAUUGAUCAGAGUCUGAAGCGCUUGACGGGCGACUUCAUUCGACGACUGGAAGAGCGUUUCAGCAAAUCAGACACCGAAUCGCUUAUUCAAAACUAUGAAGAGCUGAACGACCCAUUCCCGAUGCUUGAGCAGGUCUCCAAGACCUAUCCCGAGGCCGACAAGCAGCUCAUCAACGCUCAAGAUGUCCAGCACUUCUUGCUUCUCUGCCAACGGCGUGGACAGAAGCCGGUACCCUUCGUCCCGGUCCUCGACGAUACCUUUGAGUUCUUCUUCAAGAAGGAUUCCCUGUGGCAGUCUGAAGACCUCGAUGCUGUCGUUGAUCAGGACGUUGGCAGGACAUGUAUCUUGCAAGGACCUAUGGCUGUCAAGUACUCCACCAAGGUGGAUGAACCGAUCAAGGAAAUCCUUGACGGCGUGCAUGAAGGCCACAUAAAGUUCCUUUUGCGCGACAUUUACGGCAAUGAUGAGGCCAAGGUGCCUGUGAUUGAAUACUUUGGCAGCAACUUGUUGGCGCCGCCAGAAGGACUGGAAGUGGAUGGUCUUGGUAUCUCGGAGCUCGAGAACAGAAUCAUCUACCGUCUUUCCGCUGCACCCAAUGCUCAGAUGCCCGAGAGCCACGCUUGGCUACAACUCCUUGCGGGAACCAGCUACUCCUGGAGACAUGCCUUCUUCACCGCAGACAUCUUUGUCCAAGGACAGCGUUUCCAGACGAAUCCGUCUUCCAGGAUCUUCGCUCCGACUCCUGGUAUGCUCAUCGAGAUCCAAAAUCCUGCUGAGCCCGCAAAGACCUGCAUCAUUGUCAAGGAGUUGCAUCACGGCGGCAAGCUGAUCAAGACCGCUGAUGUCAGCCUUACCGGUGACAAUGAGAUCUUGCUUAACCUGUACGAGGAGCGCACUGCUCUCGGCUCAACCGUUGCGUUACCUUUCAGAUUCACAUACCGCCCUGAUGUUGGAUAUGCGCCUAUCCACGAAGUCAUGGAGGCUCGUAAUGACCGUAUCAAAGACUUUUAUUACAAAAUCUGGUUUGGCAACGAGCAAUGUCCUUUUGACGCUCCAGUCAGCUCAACCUUUGAUGGCGGUCGCGCAACCGUCACUGGCGAGGCGAUCCAUGACUUUGUCCACGCGGUUGGCAACACUGGUGAGGCUUUCGUCGACCGGCCUGGCAAGGAAGUGUACGCACCCAUGGACUUUGCCAUCGUUGUCGGCUGGAAGGCCAUUACCAAGCCCAUCUUCCCACGUGCGAUUGACGGUGACCUGCUCAAGCUGGUCCAUCUUUCCAACGGCUUCCGUAUGAUUGCCGGUGCAGAGCCUCUCAAGAAGGGUGAUGUCGUCGACACGAAUGCGAAGAUUAAUGCCGUCAUCAAUCAGGACUCUGGAAAGAUGGUGGAGGUGUGUGGUACCAUCACGCGAGAUGGUGAGCCAGUGAUGGAGGUUACCAGCCAGUUCCUCUAUCGCGGUGCUUACGACGACUUCCACAACACCUUCCAACGCAAGAAUGAAAAGCUCAUUCAGCUGCACCUGGCCACUAGCAAAGACGUCGCCAUUCUUCGGUCGAAGGAGUGGUUCAACUUUGAGGAGCCCGAGAUUGAUCUCCUGAACAAGACGCUGUUAUUCAAGCUCGAGACCAUUGUUCGUUACAAGAACAAGACGGUAUUCUCCGACAUUGAAACCAUGGGAGAAGUUCUACUUGAGCUUCCUACCAAGGAAGUCAUUCAGAUUGCUUCUGUGGACUACCGAUCCGGCACCGCCUAUGGCAAUCCUGUGGUUGACUACUUGGAGCGCAAUGGAUCUGCUGUUGAUCAGCCAGUGCUCUUCGAGAACCCCAUUCCUCUGCAUGGAAGGACUCCUCUGAGCCUCAAAGCGCCUGCCUCGAACGACAACUAUGCCCGCGUCUCUGGCGAUUACAACCCAAUCCACGUUUCGCGCAUUUUUGCCAGCUACGCCAACCUGCCAGGUACCAUCACGCACGGCAUGUACUCGAGUGCUGCAGUCCGGAGUUUGGUCGAGACAUGGGCCGCAGAGAACAAUGUCGGCCGUGUGAGGAGCUACCACGUCAACCUCGUCGGUAUGGUGCUUCCAGAUGACCUGCUCGACGUCAAGCUUCAGCAUGUCGGUAUGGUGUCUGGUCGCAAGAUCAUCAAGAUCGAGGUCAGCAACCGAGAGACUGAAGACAAGGUACUGCUUGGUGAGGCUGAGGUGGAGCAACCAACAACCUCGUAUGUCUUCACCGGUCAAGGUUCGCAAGAGCAGGGCAUGGGUAUGGAACUGUACAACAGUAGCCCUGUGGCGAAGGAGGUUUGGGACCGUGCUGACAAGCACUUCAUGGACAAUUAUGGUUUUGCUAUUACCAAUAUCGUAAAGAACAACCCCAAGGAAUUGACCAUUCACUUUGGUGGGCCUGUUGGCAAGGCAAUUCGCCAAAACUACAUGUCCAUGACCUUUGAGACGGUUAGUGCCGAUGGUACCAUCAAGUCCGAGAAGAUUUUCAAGGAAAUUGAUGAGAACACGACAUCGUACACUUAUCGAUCACCGACUGGUCUUUUGUCAGCUACGCAAUUCACGCAACCUGCCCUUACACUCAUGGAGAAGGCUUCGUUUGAGGAUAUGCGUGCCAAAGGUCUUGUGCAAGCGGACAGCACCUUUGCCGGACACUCUCUCGGCGAGUACUCUGCCCUUGCUGCGCUGGCUGAGGUCAUGCCAAUCGAGAGCUUGGUGUCUGUCGUGUUCUACCGUGGUCUCACGAUGCAAGUUGCUGUCGAGCGCGACGAGACUGGUCGAUCCAACUACUCCAUGUGCGCCGUCAACCCCAGCCGCAUCUCAAAGACGUUCAACGAGCAAGCUCUCCAAUACGUGGUCGAGAACAUUGCAGAGACUACUGGAUGGCUCCUGGAGAUUGUCAACUACAACAUUGCGAAUAUGCAAUACGUGGCCGCCGGUGACCUCCGCGCCCUCGACUGUCUGACGGGCGUGACAAACUACCUCAAGCAGCAAAAGAUUGACAUUCAAGCCCUCAUGCAGUCCAUGUCGCUCGAAGACGUCAAGGCACACCUGCAAGAAAUCAUCAAGGGCUGCGCCGAGCAGACGGAAGCCAAGCCCAAGCCUCUGGACCUGCAACGCGGCUUCGCAACGAUUCCACUCAAGGGCAUCGACGUUCCCUUCCACUCUACAUUUUUGCGCAGUGGCGUCAAGCCCUUCCGCAGCUUCCUGCUCAAGAAGAUCCACAAGACGAGCAUUGACCCGAGCAAGUUGGUUGGCAAAUACAUUCCCAAUGUUACCGCCAAGCCGUUUGCAUUGACAAAGGAGUACUUUGAGGAUGUGUACAAGCUUACCAACUCACCCAAGAUUGGUAAUAUUUUGGCGAAUUGGGACAAGUAUGAGGAGGGCGGCAAGGAGGACAAGGUUGCUGCGUAG